AUGAAAGAACUCGACAUCUCAACUGAAGAACUUUUUGAAAGCCGACUGAUGAUUCAAGGAUUCAAUCAAGGGGGACAAAGGUCCAUAGGAUCUAUCAAGAUGGAAAUCACCAUGGGAGAUAUGCAAUCAACUGCAUGGAUGCAUGUGAUUGAUGCAAAGACUUCAUACAAUUUGUUGCUUGGCAGGUCGUGGAUACACGAGAACAAAGUUGUCCCAUCAACUUACUACCAAUGUUUGAAAUAUAAUAAAGAUGGAGUCGAAAAGAAGAUAGUUGCUGACGUCAAGCCGUUUGCGGAAGCCGAGGCAUACUUCGCUGAUGCAAAGUUCUACUUGAAGAACCAUAUCAUAAAAGGAGUAAAAGUUGAUGACAUCACGAAGGCCAAAGGUAAGAAAAUAGCUCCUUUAUUUCGUUACGUCCUAAAAGUGAAGAAAGAUGAAGGAGAAUCAUCAAGCCUCCAAAAGGGUGCACUAAGAGAAUUAACCCUUCCUAUCAAGCAGAUUGAUACCAUAAAGUUAUUUUCAAAGCUACUGGAAAAGUUUGUGUCCCCUAACAUGCCUCAAAAUAAGGCACUCCCCACGAAACACAUAAAAGAAGGUUUUGAUCUGAAUGCUUACAGGUUAUUCGCAAAGGCGGGAUAUGAUCCCAAUGAACCAUCUAAGCUAGGGAAGCUCCCAUUUGAAGCUACUAGGAAAGAAAACAUGAUGAAGGAUAAAGCGCAUGUGAUGAAGCAAUCACGUGAGGGUCUAGGUUACAAACAACCCCUACCAGUUCGCAUCUCUAUUAGAAGAGCAAGUAUUGACUAUAUCACAAUGGAAGAUGAACCCGCUGAUAUUAAUAAAAGGCCUUCUAUCCUUGAUCGACUUGGAGAACCAACUACAAGAACUUCUGUAUUUGAGAGAGAGGGACUCAAAGUGAAGACUCACACAGUGGUCCAUACUAGAGAGCGUGGCGAAGAUGAAGAAAGUGUAGGAUCUUCAUAUCACAUUACUACGAAUGAGGAGCAAUACACUUCAUUCCUAAGGAAGGUUGACAAAAAUUUGGGAGAUGCAUCUUGGUGUGGCCAUAUAUCUUUUAAUGAUAGUGAUCCUCAAGAAGACGAAGAUGUCGAGGACACUCCUGCGGAACUAGAAGAAGGAAUUAAAAUGAUUGCUGAUGCAUUGAAAGAAGUCAACCUUGGCACUGCAAAAGACUCCAGGCCCACCUACAUGCCUGGUUUAGAUCCUAAAGUAGCAGUUCAUCAUCUUGCGGUCAAAAAAGGAGCUCGUCCUGUUAAGCAAGCCCAAAGACGCUUCAGGCCAGAAUUGAUCCCAUCAAUCGAAGCCGAGGUCAAUAAACUCAUCGAAGCUGGUUUCAUUCGGGAGGUUAAAUAUCCUACAUGGAUUUCAAGCAUUGUUCCCGUGAAGAAGAAUGGCCAAAUUUGA